AUGGGGCCGCCGGCAGCGGCGCCGUCCUCGCACAGCGCGCACGCGCGGCCGCUCCGGUUCCGGCCGCGCCGCCCGCCGGGGCCGUGUCCGGCCGUGCGCGUCCGGCCGUGCCCGCCCCCGUCCCACAAAGUGUCCCACAAGAGCCCCCUGCGUGCGCGCAGAACACGAGAGCCCUCCGAGCCCGCCCUGCAACGCCUGGCCCACUACCUCCUGGCGCACUACCAGAAAGGCACCCGGCCUGUGCGGGACUGGCGAACGACCACUAACGUGGCCAUCGACCUCAUGGUCUAUGCCAUCCUCAGUGUGGAUGAGAAGAACCAGGUGCUGACCACCUACAUCUGGUACAGGCAGCACUGGACAGAUGAGUUCCUCAAGUGGGACCCAGCUCACUUCGACAACCUGACGCAGAUCUCCCUCCCCGUAGAGAGCAUCUGGGUGCCCGACAUCCUCAUCAACGAGUUUGUGGAUGUUGGAAAGUCCCCACAUGUUCCCUACGUUUACGUCAGCCAUCACGGGGAGGUGCAGAACCUCAAACCCAUCCAGGUGAUGACUGCCUGCAGCCUGGACAUCUACAACUUCCCCUUCGACGUCCAGAACUGCUCUCUCACCUUCACCAGCUGGCUGCACCACAUUCGUGAUAUCAACCUCUCGCUGUGGCGUCAGCCAGAGCUCGUCAAGUUCGACCGAAGUGUCUUCAUGAACCAGGGCGAGUGGGAGCUGCUCUACAUCCUCAGCCACUUCCAGGAGUUCAGCGUCAAGAGCAGUGACAGCUAUGCUGAAAUGAAGUUCUACGUAGUCAUCCGGAGACGCCCCCUCUUCUAUACCGUCAGCCUGCUGCUCCCCAGCAUAUUCCUGAUGGUUAUGGACAUUGUGGGCUUCUACCUACCUCCCCACAGUGGUGAGAGGGUCUCUUUCAAGAUCACUCUCCUGCUGGGCUACUCGGUUUUCCUCAUUAUUGUAUCCGACACAUUGCCAGCUACUGCCGUCGGCACCCCGUUGAUAGGCAUCUACUUUGUGGUGUGCAUGGCACUGCUCGUCAUCAGCCUGACAGAGACCAUCCUGAUUGUGCGCCUAGUGCACAAGCAAGACCUGCAACCCCACGUCCCUGAGUGGGUGAAACACCUGCUGCUGGAAAGAGCCACCAUCCUGCUCUGUAUCCGGGACAGGAAGACAUUCAGCCAAAGCAGGACACAAAGCUUGGACACCUCCAGGCAGGUGGAGAACAAUGACAGCACAGCCAAGCCGACCCCCUAUGUCUGUGAGGACCCCCGGGAGUGCGGGGCAGUGGGGGGCACGAGGUCUGCACUGGCCUUUACUGGCCGGCCGGAGGGCUCGGGAGUGCUGCAGGAGGUCCUGCACGAGACCACGGCUAUCCGCCAGCUCCUGGAAAAACGGGAGGAAUUCCGUGAUGUCGCCCGUGAAUGGCUGCAAGUGGGCUACGUGUUGGAUGUCCUGCUGUUCCGGGUGUACUUGGCAGCCGUCCUGGCUUACAGCAUCACUCUGGGCACCCUCUGGUCGGUGUGGAGGGAUGCCUGAGCAGUGCCCAUUAUUCAGAGCGGGGGACGGGGGACCUCGC